AUGAAUAAUUUAUUUAAUCUGCCGUUUGCUUUUUCCAUUAAUCCAGCAUCUGUGAAACACUUGCUUCUUCAUCGCAAAAAUGUUCAUAAUCACGGCGAGGAUAAAUGGACUGAGAAAGCCAUUCGAGGUUUAAUUAAACGUUUAACAAAAUCAUCGAUGGUAGACGAUUUAGAGAUAGCUUUAGAUACAAAAAGUUCACAAACAAAAUGUGUUACAAUACCAAGAGAUACACAAGGAAAAUUGUUGCAGGCAAACACAUUAACGGGUACCAAUAAACACUUUCCAGAUGUAACACCGGCGGUAGCAUUCUGUCGUAUAUGGCGUUGGCCGGAUUUAAAUACUCACUUGGAAUUGAAGCCAUGUGAAACGUGUGCAUACGCCUUUCAAAGUGGUCAAGAUUUGAUUUCUUUGCCUCCUGUUUAUGUACCUGUCUCUGAUCGUGCCGUAUUCGAUUCUAAUUCAGUAUCACUUCCGAAUGAGACAAAUUUUAUGCCUCAUCCAGAUUCAACAGUCGGCAUGGAUGUUACACCACCUAUGAACCAGAUGAAUAGUCCAUUGAAUGCACAAGACAAUUACGAAGCCAUGACACCAACACAGGCCUCAGUUGCAGCAGCACAGGCUGCAUUGCAACAAGAGACCCAAAAUUAUGGAGCAGCUUCCAACGGUGUUGCUAAUAUGAAUCCACAGCCAAUUAAUUUUGUUGAACCACCAUUUUGGUGUUCAAUUUUGUACUAUGAAUUGAAUCAGCGUGUGGGAGAAGUAUUUCAAGCAUCGUUGAACUCAUUCGUUGUCGAUGGUUACUGUGAUCCGAAUGCAUCGGAUCGAUUCUGUCUCGGAUUAUUAACAAAUGUUAAUCGAACAACGGAAAUUGAAGCUUGUCGACGAAUGAUUGGUACCGGUGUGAGACUGUAUUAUAUUGGUGGUGAAGUAUUUGCUGAAUGUUUAUCUGAUACACCCAUAUUUGUGCAAAGUCCAAGCUGCAAUCGACGUUAUGGUUGGCAUCCAGCUACAGUUUGUAAAAUUCCACCAGGUUGUAAUUUGAAAAUAUUUAACAAUAGUGAAUUUGCUCAAUUAUUAAGUGAAACUGUUCCACAAGGUUUCGAAAGUGUUUAUCAGCUGACACGAAUAUGUUCAAUUAGAAUGAGUUUUGUUAAAGGAUGGGGAGAGGAAUAUAGACGUCGUACAAUAAUGAGUACACCAUGCUGGAUUGAAAUCCAUUUGAAUGGUCCACUGCAAUGGCUUGAUCGUGUUUUACAGUCAUUAAAUCCACCUGGACCUGUGUCAAGCAAGUAA